AUGAACUCCAAACGGAUCUUACUUCGUCUCUCCGAUGAUGGCGAGCCCAUAAGCAACACCGCCGAUAAUACCGGUGCCAACACGGGAGUAUUGAUAUUACCCUCUGUGCCUUUGCCCCCAAACUACACCCCUGGUGAUGUGAUUUUCCAGUUGGACUUGGUGAUGAACGCCGCUUCCAGAGUCUCAAAAAAUGGAACCGUUUACCUGAAUGUCACCGACGGUACCGUGCCUUUCGUUCGUGACUCAUACCGCCAGUUCCCCAUCGAAUGCUCGUUCCACAAAGACAUCCGUGUUAGCAUUCCUAUCUAUAAAAGUGGUGUCUACAACUUUUACAUUGGCUUUGAAGACCCCGAAGGUCAACCACAACUGACUAAGAAGUUCUACUUCAACGUACCACCCAAUUUGCGGAUCAAGGACUCGUUUGUGGCAUUCAAUUCCAUCAAUAUCCAGAGCGUGGUUCUGAAGUGGAUCGGGCCCUUGUCCGACUGGGACGCCUUUUUCGGCGAAGUGAGCUAUAAAGGCUAUAACAUGAUCCAUUUCACGCCGCUUCAGGAGAGAGGAGAAUCCAACUCUCCGUACUCGAUUCUCGACCAGUUGAAGUUCGAUCCCGGAUUAUUUGAGUCAAAUGCGCAGGCAGUCAAGUUUAUUGGCGACUUGAUGGAGAAGUAUAGUUUGAUGCUGUUGACAGAUGUGGUGUUGAACCAUACCGCGAACAACUCGCCGUGGCUUGCGGACCACCCGGACGCCGGCUACAACGAGGUCACCGCCCCUCAUUUACGUGCAGCUAUCGAGUUAGAGUUGAAGUUGUUUGAAUACUCAGACAACCUCAAGAAGCUUGGAUUGCCCACAGAGAUCAAGUCCGGGGCUGACUUGGAUGCGAUCAUGGAAGGAGUUCAGGCGAACGUGUUUGUCCCGCUCAACUUGUGGCAGUUCUUCGUAUUUGACAAGCAGAAAGUGUUGAGUGAUAUCAACGAUUUCUACCAGAACGGCGAAGUCGAGCCGGUGGCUAUUCCUGGGGAUGUUGACAUCAACAACUUGAAGCAGUUGUCCCAAUAUGUGUUGAAGAUCUGUAACAAAAAUGCGAGUGUAGUUUUGGAAGACAGGUUCAGCAACCAGCUUGAUGCAGCCAAGUUUUUGGGGAUUCUCUCGAGCUUAUUUGACAACAAAAUAGGCGAUAUUGAAUUUAAUACUUUGGAAAACAAGGCCUCGUCGAUAGUGGAUGAAAUCAACCUCGACUUGUAUGCUGCUUAUGAUGCUGAUGUGACUACCAUCAAGAACCUGGUGAAAGACCGUAUUAGGUACUUGAGAUUGGAUAGCGGGGGUCCUCAGUUGGGCGAGAUCACUUCUGAUUCGGCCUUAAUUGAAAACUACUUUACGAAGGUUACCAAUCCCGAUGGACAAGUAUUCCAUUUGGCCAAUAAUGGCUGGAUCUGGGGAGGGAACCCGUUAGUUGAUUUCGCAUCCAGCGAUUCCAAGGCUUAUUUGAGACGUGAGGUCAUUGUUUGGAGUGACUGUGUCAAGUUACGUUAUGGUGAAGGUCCUGAAGACUCUCCUUAUUUGUGGGAGAGAAUGACCAAGUACACAGAGCAGUGUGCUAGGGUGUUCAAUGGAUUUAGAAUUGAUAACUGCCAUUCAACCCCUUUGCAUGUGGGAGAAGCAUUAUUGGAUGCUGCCAGGAAUGUCAACCCAGACUUGUACGUGGUGGCAGAAUUGUUCAGUGGAUCCGAGGAAAUGGACAAGAUCUUUGUUGAAAAGCUUGGAUUGAACAGUCUUAUUAGAGAAGCUAUGCAAGCAUGGAAUGUUGCCGAAUUAUCAAGAUUAGUCCACAAGCAUGGUGGAAGACCUCUUGGGUCUUUUACUUGGUUGCCAUUGGAUGAGUAUGCGUAUCCAGCAACUGAGGAGCCCAAAGACUCAAAGUUGCCAAUUCCCAGAGUGUUGACAAAUGUUUCCCCACAUGCGUUAUUCAUGGAUUGCACUCAUGAUAAUGAGACUCCUGCUCAGAAGAGAAGCGUUGAAGACACCUUGCCAAAUGCUGCGUUGGUGGCCUUCUGUUCUUCUGCAAUUGGAUCUGUUUUUGGUUACGAUGAGGGUUACCCCGAGUUAUUAGAUGUCGUGGGAGAAGAAAGACAGUACAAGUACGUACCUGAUCAGGGGAUUAGAGAUGUGAAGAAGAAAUUGCAUCACAUUAGAAAUUUAUUAGCAGGAGAAAGUGAAGACAUUCUUCAGGAUCACGAGAUGUACAUUCAUCAUGAAGGUGAGUAUAUUACUAUUCAACGUCACAAUGCUAGAACUGGUAAAGGGUGGUUUUUGAUCGCACGCACCAAGUUUGGUGAAGGUGACUCUCACCAAGUCCUAGACCCUGUGAGGUUGGUUCAAACAAAGGUGAAGUUGGAGUUUGCGCAUAGCUUGUCGAAGACGGGCGACUACGAAAAAGAUUCGAAAUACUUAACAGCCAUCCCCACUAAGCUCCAAAGCUUGGAGAUGCCUGCCAUUGAGUAUGAAGGAGACACUUCUAUUAUUAAAGUGACUGACGAUUUCAUUCCUGGGUCAAUUGCCGUGUAUUCCACUUAUAUUCCUGGAGUCGACAUUAAGCUUGACGAAUUUGUCAAGACUGGUGGAAUAGCCUCUACUAUUGACUUGGACUUGUACGACUUGAAUGCUAUUUUGUACAGAUGUGAACCUGAAGAACGGGAUUUCAGUGGGGGGCAAGAAGGUACAUACAGCAUUCCGAAUUAUGGAAACUUGGUAUACAGUGGUUUUGAGGGGUGGAUCUCGGUGUUGAAGAAGGUAAUCUGGCAGAACGAGCUUGCUCACCCCAUCAGUGACCAUUUGAGAGAUGGAACCUGGGCUUUGGACUAUGUUGUCAACAGAUUGGACAAAUAUGCUACCAACUCCAAAGGAUUAGGAAAGUUUUUGGAUUGGUUAAGAUCUCGAGUAGAUGCCAUUCGCGACGUGCCAUACUUUUUGAGACCCCAUUUCUUUGCCUUGGUGGUAGGAACUGCAUACGAAGCAUGUAGGUUCAGGAGUUUCCGACUUUUGAGCUCCCAAAUUCAAGGAGCCACCAAUUUCGUGCAAAGUUUGGCGUUGACAUCAAUCCAAAUGGUGGGAAAGAUGAACAACACUUCUUUGUUUCCGUUUGAGCAAAUACCAUGUCUUGCUGCCGGCUUACCUCACUUUUCCAAUGACUACAUGAGAUGUUGGGGACGUGAUGUGUUUAUUUCAUUUAGAGGUUUAUUGAUUGUGGCCGAGAGACACGAAGAUGCAAAACGCCAUAUUCUCGGGUUUGCAAAGACCUUGAAACACGGGCUUAUUCCCAACUUAUUAGAUGCCGGUAGAAACCCCAGAUAUAACGCCAGGGAUGCGGCUUGGUUCUUCUUGCAAGCCAUUCAAGACUAUAUCAAGGAAGUUCCCAACGGAAUUGAAAUUUUGGACGAAAAAGUCUCCAGAAGAUUUCCUCUAGAUGAUACCUACGUUACUUAUGACGAUCCAGUCGCUUUCAGUUAUGAAAGCACCAUUCGAGAAGUGAUUUUCGAGAUUCUUCAACGACACGCGAAGGGAAUUAAGUAUCGUGAAGCCAAUGCUGGACCUAAUUUGGACUCGCAAAUGAAAGAUAUCGGGUUCAACGUCGAGAUCAACGUUGACUGGAGCAACGGGUUAAUUUUUGGAGGCCAACAAUUUAAUUGUGGAACCUGGAUGGAUAAAAUGGGAGAAAGCACAUUGGCCGGAAACAAAGGGUACCCUGGAACCCCUAGAGACGGGGCUGCGGUAGAGAUCCAAGGUCUUUUGAAGAGCGCUUUACGAUUUGUCAACGAGUUAGGCGAUAAGUUCAGCUACGACAAGGUGGAAAGAGCCGAUGGUAGCUCUAUAACAUUUAAAGAAUGGGAAGACCUUGUACAGAGCAACUUUGAACGGUGUUUUUUUGUUCCAACUCUGGCAGAUGAUGACCAGAAGUACGAUAUUGAUCCAAGCAUUGUCAAUAGAAGAGGUAUUUAUAAGGACUUGUACCGGUCGGGCAAGCCCUAUGAAGACUACCAGUUGCGGCCCAACUUUGCGAUUGCCAUGACCGUUGCACCCGAGUUAUUUGAUGCCGGUAGAGGCUACAGUGCCAUUAAACAGGCGGACCAAAUCAUCAGAGGACCAGUGGGAAUGAGAACUUUGGACCCAAGUGACUGGAACUAUCGUCCUGACUACUACAAUUCCGUUGACAGCACCGACUUUGCUACGGCCAAGGGCAGAAACUACCACCAAGGACCUGAAUGGGUGUGGUGUUUUGGAUAUUUCAUGAGAGCAUACUUGAAGUUCACGUACAAAAAGGUUGCGGACGAGCAGGUUUUGUUUGGUGAUUUGAACCAGAAAAUCCAGGGACACAUCAAGUGGAUCCGGGAAAGUGACUGGGCCGGACUCACAGAGUUGACCAAUAAAGAUGGAGAGUUGUGUGGAGACCUGAGUCCUUCACAAGCGUGGUCGACCUCCUGUUUGCUUGAUUUAUACUACGAUCUUUGGAAGCGGCAUUACCGUGUAUUCGAUAUAGCAUAG